UCGAAACUUAUGCCUCAACAAAUUUACUAAAACAAAAUGGCUGCGCCCAUAUUUCCAAAAUUGAUCCCUUCAGCGACUGACCGACUUUGGUUUGCUGUUGACAAAUUUUGUGACGAUGAGAAUGAAUUAUCUGAGCUAGAGGAUGAGUAUCAGUCUUGGGUGGAUAGUAUUUCAAAGAAAGAUGAACACACAGUGCCCAUUGGAAAAACAGCCUCAGAGCAUUUUGACGAGGAAGAAGAUGAAGAUGAUGAUGAUGGUGAAGAUGACGAUGACGAGAGUGAUACGAAUGAUGAUGAACUUGAUACAGACAUGAUUGAUGACAGGGAUUCACCAGAGGAGGUUGACAUGGAAGCUAACGGAAUGGCACUGACUUGAAGAUAUGAGAAUGAUAUCAUCUGAUUUAGCACAUUAUAAUACAAAAAGUGACCUAUGUAGGGAGAAUUGUUGUGAAAUAGUUUUAUAUUUAAGUCACAGGCUUUACAAACUGUGUUUAAGUGACUCACACUAAAGCAAAAUUUUUCUACAUUAAAACCAAGGGAAAGAAGAAACUUAUUUUUUAUGUACAAGUGCAGUAUUCAUGUGUGUACAAACAUUAAUUCAAAAUGAAAUUGAUGUUUUAUACAUUAAGUACUUAUCUAGAGAUAAAUUUUUGACACCAAUAACUUAUACAUGAAAUAAGAAACGGAUUAAGGAUAGAAUGUGCUAUAAAAUGAGUGAUCUCUCAAAGAUUUAGAGGUAUUACUAACACAUGAAGCUUAAAAACUGAAACAAAGUGAGCAGUAUGACUGUGAAAGUGGUUCUUUAAAGAAUCUAAAUUACUUUGUUGAUAUUCCAUGCAUCUGAAAAUUUUGCUAAAUUCAAAUUUGUGUUUUUUUGUAAUUUUGCAUGAAAAUGUAUAUAUCUGAAUCUUAUUUAUACUUUAAA